UAUUUUGGACACCGAGCAUUUAUGAAGCUGCAAGGACGUGAAGACGAAUCAGAAAAACUUAACAGGGAUGCACUUACAAUUGCACGGCGAGUUGCUGACAAGUACGGUAAACUGAUUGCAGGAGGUCUGUCUGACACACCUUUGUAUUCUAAGGACGACAAGGAAAGUCAUCAAACGAUAUAUGAAAUAUCCAAGGAGCAAGUGAUUUGGUGUGUUGAAGGAGGGGUAGAUUAUAUAAUUGGAGAGUCAUUCGAUUCCUACGGUGAGGCACAGCUCGCCUUGAGGGCUAUAAAGGAAUACGGGAAAGGUUGUCCGGCGGUGAUCACAAUGGCGGCACAUAUUCCGGACUUUACAACGGAUGAUAUUCCUAUCCCAGAAGCACUCAAGCGUCUUGAAGAUCAGGGCGCAGCUGUGGUUGGUAUAAACUGCUCACGUGGUCAAGAAGUGAUGAUGUCACUUCUUAAAGUUCAGAGAGGUUUGCAAG